GCAUCCCAGGGGCAUGAGUUAAAGUGGUCAGUUUAGAACUGGAUCUUGCAAUGCAUGGGGAGGCAGUAGAGUUGUCUGAUGAUUGAACUAGUUUGGUCAUGUCUUCCCACACCCAAAAAUGCUCACUUAACAGAAACAGGAGUCUCCAAUGACUUCAAGAUUUUUCUUUUCUGAAUGGCCUUGUCUAGAAGAGUUUUCACUGUUGCUAAUAUUGCUGCAUUAGCCAUGUAAGGAAGUGUAAGUGUAGUCUGACUCUGCCAGCCAUUUUCAGCACUGUGUCAACUGGGCUCGCUUAAAUAAGCUGAUGCUGAAAAUGGCUGCUAGAGCCAGAAAGCUCUCUACACUAGGGCUCCUAACAUUGCAAUGGUGGCAAUCUUUUGUAAACAUUCCCUAGUAUAGACCUAGCCUAUGCAUAUAAUCAGCACCAGUUGCUCAGUUUGUGUUUAGUUUUUCAGAGUUCAGCCAGAGUCAGGGUUCAUCUUAAUAAGGUGUCAAUUUUUAAUGGGAGCUGGAAACAAUGUUUUUGCUGUGCUGGCCCUCCGCAAACAAAAUCUGCAAUAAGUAUAAAUAUAAACAACAUUGAGCCAGAGGAAUCUGCUGAGGCGGCAGAAGAAAUAAAACAGCAAAUUGCAGAAGAUCCAUUCUGCGAUGAUGUCCAGGUGCAAACUUCUUAUGUCGAAAUACCACCAGGAGAUAAGUGGCGUUGGUCGCGAUUACAAACAGAAGCUCAGGUGCAAACCUCAAAUCUUGAACUACCAGGCGAAGAGACUUUCCUCCCAUUUGAAAGUGAGGCCCAGGUACAAACCUCAGAUCUUGAAAUAUCAGAGGAGGAGAUUUCAUUCCCAUCACAAAUGGAGGCUCAGGUGCAAACAUCAUAUACUGAAGUACUAGAUACGGAGACUUUAUUCCCCAUAGAAAGUGAGCCCCUGGAGCAGACCUCAGAUCUUGACUUUCAAGACAUGCAGGUGAAGAAUUUAUUCCCAUUAUUUGUUGAAGUUGAAGUGCAAACCUCAUAUGUAGAUAUACCAGCAGGGAAUAAGUGGCGUUCGACACGACUACAAGCCGAAGCCCAAGUGCAAACCUCAAAUCAUGAAUUAUUAAAGACACUUUCUUCCCUCUCACAAAAGGAAGACCAGGUGCAAACCUCCAAAUUUUCUAUAACAGGAACAGAGGAAGUGCCUCUUUUCCCAUCACAAACCGAGGUCCAGGUGCAAACUUCAAAACUUGCAUUAACAGAAGCAGAAGAGGAGAUGGCCCCAUUCCUGGUAGAAGAAAAGCCUGUCCCCCCAACCCAAAGUGAAGCUGCUGUGCAAACCUCAUAUGUGGACAUACCAACAGGGAAUAAGUGGCAUUCGUCACGGCUACAAGCUGAGGCUCAGGUGCAGACCUCAAGUAUUGAGUUAUUGAAGAAGUUUUCUUCCCUCUUACUAACUGAGGCUCAGGUGCAAAGGUCAAGUAUUGAGUUACUGAAGAACCUUUCUUCCCCCUCACUGACCAAGACCCAGGGGCAAACCUCCAAACAUGCAGUAACAGAAGCAGAGACGGCCUUUCCUUCCCCAUCACAAACUGAGGGUCACAUCCAGUCUUCGUAUUUUGAAGUACCAGAGUUGGAAGAGGAGAUGCCCGCUACCCCAAUUAAAGAGAAGCCCCUCCCAUUAACACUGUCGGAGGCCCAGGUGCAAACUUCAGCAGGGAAUAAGUGGUGUUCGUCACCACUACAAGUUGAGGCCAAGGUGCAGACCUCCAGGCUUGAAUUGCCAGAGGCAAGAGAGAAGGCUCCUUCCCUGUCCCAAACACAGGCUGAGAUGCAAACCAUGAGGGUUGAAAUAACAGAAGAGAAAGCAGCGCCUCCGACUCCUCCAGAUGUUAAAAUAUUAGCAGAGGAGACGCUGAAGGAGGAGGUAGAGCUGAAGCUUCCACACCCUGAAUAUGCCGAGGCCCAGGUGCAGACCUCGCAUGUUGAAAUACCUGUGGGGAAGAAGUGGCGUUCGUCCCGUUUAUGUACCGAGGCCCAGGUGCAAACUUCAUAUCAAGAACUCCCAGUUGUGAAGAGCAAGACUUUGCCCUCACAAGGUACUGGGGUGGCAAAGAAGGUCACUGAGCGUGCAGCAUCAAAGAAACUAACAAAAACCUUCACACGAGCAACACCAAUAUCUGUGCACUUACAUGUAAAGAUGACUCCAUGACGCCGGAAUGGGAAUAAAAAGAACUAGUAAAAACUUGAAUUUAAACAAAUAAAACCUUGUAAAAUAAGAAACUUAACCUGUGAGAUUUUUCUGGAGAUAGUGUCUCACAGUUUGAAGGCACAGGGCCAUGUCCCCAGGUAGUGUAUAUUGGCAUAGCUUCACUGAAGUAAUUAGAGUUAUGUAGAUAUACACCAGCUGCAGAUCGUACCUGUAAUUUCUUACUUCCUCAUUUCAUAAUCUCUGUUAUAGUUAGUUGUUUGGCAUGGUAAACUCCAAUUUUGGUCCUGUCCCCAUCCUUGCUAAUUUGCAUGUUGGUAGAUUGCACACUGUGUAAUUCACAUACAAAACUGUGUUGCUACACCACAUUCUAGUAAAAUUUGGGAUUUAGUGCUCAAGUGAGGUCUCAUGCUGUAAACCAGGCAAAGCUCUGUCAGUACAAAUCACAGCUUUCCUUGUCUACACUACAAGUUUGGACCAGUUCAGCUACAUCAUUGGCUGGGCAUCAAUUGUUGCAGUUGGGACAAAUUUCCAAUGGAUACUACUUCUGCCAUAAUAAAAGCAUAAGCAUGUGCUUUACUGAACAGUUACACAUGUCCCACUGCAGAUAUUUCAAUUUGAUGUUAAUUCUGUAUUGAAUCUCUAGUUAGGAAUGAAGUGGAAUUUAAAUUAUAGACCUCUAAUUUUAGCAGUCUGAUAAUUUUCCCAAAUAAAAUGAGCUUUUGGGCUUAGAUUCCUAAUGGUAGCCUUCAGUUCAGAAGUUGCUUUUUUCAGAAUAAUUAACAGAAAACUGCAGAGUUGUUUGGAGUGAUCCCAGCAUGAAGAAACAUUGUU